CAGGUGUUUGUGAACUUUGCGAAGGACCAGAGUGACGACUAUCACUCCAAAGACAACUCUGUGAGGCGGAAGGACGUCGCCAUCGAGGUUCCCGCUCUGAGCUCGAGUCAGGGCGGCGCUGAGGACGGGGCGGCACUGAGGGAGAGCGUCAUGUGAUCAAGUUUUAGGAGGCUGAAGCUUCAGCCUGGACUCGACCUGCUGUAGAGGACGCCCCUUCCUCACCUGUCGUGAUGUUAUACUGAUUUGAAUACUGUGGGCGGAGUCACCUGCUGCCUUAUGCCAGUCAAUGCAAAUGAUUUCCUGCGGAGGCGCCAAGUCUGGCCGCCGCCGCCGGCCAGACUGAGUGUUAAAAAACUUGAAUAACGUGUUUCAUCCUCUAAUGAACUGUUCAGGGUCUGAUGAAGAAUCCAAAUCAUUUCAAAUGGCCAAUUUUUAAAAACGUUUGAUUCCGUUUUUAUCAGAGUUUAUUUAUAUAUCUGAGUAAUUGGUUUUAUUUUAGCGAGGCGGCAUUACUGUUUCCUGUAGUGUUUAACAGCCAAUCAGAGCGCUCGAUGCAGAGCGCCGCACAGAGAAGAGUUAAUUGAUUUUCUAGUUUUUGUAAGAAAAGGUGAUAAAGAGCUGAUUUGUUAGUUUGGUGUGAAGCAGUGAAAUACCUCAGCAGCUCCUGGAAGCACACUACAGUAUUGAACAGUUCUCAAACAGCUGAUCAAUCGAUCGAUCGUCUCUCCUUCACAUUCCUGAUCAGACUGAAGGAGCUUCAGCACUUUAUGUGUUCACACCAUCAGUUUGUCUUUGCACUGAAAUCCUCCAUAGCUGUUUGAUUCUCUGAUCAAUAACAGGAAGCGAUUGAUCAAUGUGACAGAGAAGAAGAAGAAGAACUGUUACUGGAGCUCAAACACACAAUAAAAUGAAACAAAUCCUC